ACAAAAGCAAGCCACCCCUUUACUGCUGUCAUAUUUAGAGAAGAGUAAGGGGGGGGGGCACGUCGUAGGUCUUAUUUUAACUCUGUACAGCGUUUUAUUAACGCCAACAGUGACGUCCGACGCAAGAUGGCUCAGUGGCAAGAGCUGCAGAAGCUGGACGUGGCUCUUCAGGGCCAGGUCAGCCGGCUGUACGAGAGCAAAAUACCCCGGGGGAUCCGCCAACACCUCUGCCAGCCGAUAGAGAGCCAGGACUGGGUCUCAGCAGCUGAGGAUGAAGUCAAAGCUCAAACUUGUCUACAAGCUCUGGUGGAGUAUCUGGAUGAACAGUGGAACCGCUCUGUCCAGGAGAACAACAUCCUACAGGCACCAAAUUAUCAGGGGAUGAAAGAGUACUUACUGAACAACUUUUUGAAUCAGCCUAUGAACUUGGCUGUGAUUCUCUCUGAAUGCCUCGAAGAGGAAAGAAGAAUCUUGGCUUCAGCCUAUGAAGUACAGGGUUGUGGUAAUCCAAACAUAGAGCAAAACUGGAGAAUGCUCGACCACAUAAUCAACAGUUUGAAGCAUCAGACUGUGGAGGUUCAACAGGAAAUCAAGGAACUGGAACGCCUAAAUGAGAAUCUGUACUUCAUACAGAAGAACUGGCAAAGCCGAAUGGAGGAGAGUCUGGGUUUGGCUCAGUCUCAGGCUGCUAUUGAAGAGGAGUGUCGCCAACAAGCAAACUUCAUCACAAAAACACAGCAGAUGGUGCUGCGGCAGAUAGAGAGCACUUUAAAUGAAGCAGAGACGACUAUAAUGGCUCUUAUAGAUGUGGAGCUACCUCAGUGGAAGUACAGGCAGCAGAUGGCCUGUAUCGGAAGUCCUGUUGACACUUCUCUGGACCAUCUGGAGAAGUGGUUCACAGCCGUGACUGAAGUGCUGCUCCAAAUCGGCAAACAGCUGCAGAAACUGCAAGACUUGAUCAAGAAAUACACCAGCAUUGAUUCUUCCUACCUCGCUGGUCAGAUUGCAAACAUGGAGGGAUCUGCAUUGUCCUUGCUCAGAAAACUCCUUUCAAAUGCUCUGGUGGUUGAGCAGCAGCCUGUGAUGGCGAGUUUACCACAGCGACCUUUGAUCAUUAAGACCAACGUGCGCUUCACAGUAUCAGUGAGGUUUUUAGCGAACCGCACAGAAUUCAUCCAAAAGUCAUUGCACAAAGUCACGCCUGUAUUUGACAAGGACGUUGAAGAGGCUAAGACACUUAAAGGGUUCCGUCAGUUUGACUUUGAUGGCAAUUACUACAAGUUCAUGGACGUGUACACAGCUGGAGGGCUCGAGGCUGAAUUUAGUCACAUGUUACUCAAAGAAAAAAAAGGAAAAGCCAAAACAUCACAAGAGCCAAAAGCAGUGGAGCGCCCGGCUGGCAAAAGGAAAAGAAAUCAGAGUGAAGAAGAUCAGCUUCAUCUGACGGUCUUAGAAGAACUCCACAUCAUAAAGUUUGUGUUGAAUUUUAAGCACGCUGGCCUGGAGUGUGACAUCGAGGCCAGCUCCCUGCCUCUGGUUGUCAUCUCCAGCACCAAUCAGGUCCCUGCUGCCUGGGCCUCAGUCAUGUGGUACAACAUGCUGUCCAAUGGUGCACCAACGGAUCUUUCACUGUUCCUAAAACCUCCUUCUCUCAAAUGGGAGCAGCUGUCUCAGGUCCUGAGCUGGCAGUUUGUGUCCGCUGCUAAACUGGGGCUCAACGAAGACCAGCUCUCCACGCUGAGAGACAAAUUUGUGGACAAUCCUGAGGGUCUGGUUCACUGGAAAGAUUUCUCAAAGUGUGAUAAGAAAGAGUCCAGUGCCUGGUUUUGGAUUGAUGGGAUCCUAGAUUUGAUCCAGAAACACUUGGCGGAUAUUUGGCAGGACGGGUCCAUCAUGGGGUUUGUGAGCAGAGCCAGAACUGAAGAGCUGCUGCAGGAAAAACAGACUGGCACCUUUCUGCUCCGCUUUAGCGAGAGCAACAAAGACGGAGCUAUCACCUUCAGCUGGGUAGAGCACUCUAACGGAGAGACCCACGUGCAUGCUGUGGAGCCGUACACCAAGCAGGAACUGUCAGUCAACUCUCUGCCUCACAUAAUUUACACCUACAGCCUGAAAGCCCAGACCAACACCAACAGGAACCCUCUGCUCUACCUUUACCCUGACAUUCACAAAGACACUGCCUUCGGACGCUAUUACAACGCCCCAGAAAUGUCCGCACCUAAGAACAUCAAGAAUGGCUACGUGGCCAAAAACUUCAUUCCUGUUUCACUAAAUCCUACACCACCUCCGUCUCCAACCAGGGAGCUGGAAAUGAUGGACACAAGCUCAGACAAGGACACUAGAGUUGACAAUCACAACGUGAUACAGGAGCUCUUCCCUGAUUUACUCCUACAUAACCAGAACCCCGACGCCUGCACAACAUCUAUCCCCUUUAUCACUGUGGACCCUCAAAGCCUCGCCUGGUCGUGAGACAUUAAAUCCAGCACUCCACAUUUUUAGAUGGCUGUCAAAAUAGGAAACUCUGUUUAUUUUAAGGAAAAUGUAUUAAAAAAGAGGUCAGAAAACAAAAAAAGAUGAAUGUUUAUAUGAAUAAUAUAUCACAAAAUCUGGCUGUUUAGCUAAAUUUAGGGGCCUUGGAGUAAUAUUAUAAUAAUAUGGCCUUUGCACUCAUAACUAUCAGUUAUAUUUGUAAAACUCUGAAAAAGCCACUGUAAACAGAUUUGACCUGUUUAUUAAAAACUGUAAUGUUGUUGUUACAUUACGUUGCUCGGGGUAACCACAGAAAGACACCCCAAGUUUCUCCUCCAUUUUCCAGUUGAAUGAACCUCCUGUUCAUUAAUUCCAUUUAUCAACAGAAGUUAGCCUGAAUGUAACCUUUUGAAAGCCUAUCAGUCUGCUCCUGAGGCUGUCCGUUUUCUCCAUAAUAACACAAUUUUACAUGUCUGUUUAUAAGUAUUAUUCAUGCCAUACACUUCUAGAAAGUUAUGUUUCCUGGGAUUUCGUCUAUUUCAAUAUCCAACCAACAGAACAGCUACAAUCUACAUAUCUGUCAGAUUGGCAACAAAUAACUACUCACAUUCAAAGCCAUUUAACUCAAAGCUCUUCUGUGCCCUCCUGAAAAUAUUUCAACACAAAAUAGCCCCGCUACAUCAGUAAGACGCAGCAGGACUAUUGUUUUCAUUUCAUCAAAAGAAAUUAGAAAUAAAAUUGUUUUUGAAAAAUUCUUGCAAAGCAUUACUUAAUGCAUUAGGAGUAGUAAAAAUAUACUUAAAAUGUGUAAAUAUUCAGUUUAUUGUUGUGAAAAGGUAGCUUUAAAGUUGCUGGUCAGCUGAUUAAAUUAAGCAUUUAAGUUUGAAAAUGUUUGUGUUGGUAGAUAAUGCUGAAAGCUGAAUAUGCUUGUUCAUUAUGUUGAUUUAUAAGUAAUUAUAUUUCAACAGUAAGGAUUGUAAUUACAAUUUUGAACACUUGUGCCCUUUAGCAGCGAGAAUACAAUAAAUCUGGCCUCCUUUACCAUAGUCUCUAGCACUGCUGUGGUCAAGUUGCAGGCUCUUGCUGUCUUAACAAGAGACAAGACAAGUCUCCAAGCAAAGCGUCAAGCAUAUCAUAAGGUGCAUUCAAACGUACUGUAGCUAAUCACCUCCUCGGACCACCUUUGCUUUGUUUUCUAGGUCCAUUUUACUGUAGUUUUGCAGUCUCCUUCAAAGUCAAGCUCAUCUCUAUAAAAACAGCACUCUUCCUUGUUAUUAAUUCCAGUAUAGCCCACUGCCCCAGACACAAGCACGCAGCCCCCAACAGAAGUGCACAGGCCCCAACCUGUAUCGGUCUUUCCUCUGGUCCAGCAAAGUGUUGGUUCCAUGCUGGAACUAGUUUUUCUGGUGCUUGGCUAAGCGCUGGCUCCAAAUCCAGCCCUAGAACCAGCUUGUUUGAAAAAGGUAGUCUUUAACCAACGUUGCUCAUCUCUGAUGUAGGUGAAGCAGCCUUUCACAAUAAAAGCACAUUCGGCAUUUUGGCCGGUUAUGCAACAAGCUUGUUAAAGUUCAGGGGCUGUGUGCCCUUGCUUUACAGUUUACAUUAAUAAAAUCUGAAAUAAAUGGAAAUAAAAGGGUUUUUAUUUUAGUUUUGAAAUGAUGUCUGCUUGAAAGACUUGACUGGCACUUUUAAAGUGAGGUGCAUUAAUGUGGGCCAAAUCACCACUUUAUUCUGAAGAUAACGCUGUAUCAGAAAGAGGAUGAUAUGGAUGGAGAUAACAUUUUUCAUCACUGUUAUCGGAUUGUUUUUCCAGUUUCCUGUUUUAUUAUCUUAACAUUAUUUACAGUGAAUUAAGAUUCUCCUCAAUGUUAUUAUUUUAAAAUAUACCAGCUGUGUUAAGAUUUUUGGAUGUGCCAGUUUUUUUUCUUACAGAAAAUGAUGGUGUUGUAUGAUCUACUGAUUAUGACUUUACAAAAGCAGAGUCUGCCUUUCAGGAAUAAGAAGUCCUGCUGCUGUUGUUUCAAACAAUGUCUUUACUGUGGACUGUGUCAUAUUUAAGACAAUAAAACUGAAGAAAAUAAAUGAAUGUGAG